UCUUACUGUUCCUUGUUAAAGGCAGAUGAUGAGCACUAUAUCCCGCGAGCUGUACUUCUGGACCUGGAGCCCCGAGUUAUCCACUCCAUCCUGAACUCCCCUUAUGCCAACCUCUACAACCCAGAAAACAUCUACUUGUCUGAGCAUGGAGGGGGAGCUGGGAACAACUGGGCCAGUGGCUUCUCACAGGGAGAAAAAAUCCAUGAAGAUAUUUUUGACAUAAUAGACAGAGAAGCUGAUGGGAGUGACAGUUUGGAAGGAUUUGUGCUUUGCCACUCCAUUGCUGGUGGUACAGGCUCCGGGCUGGGCUCCUAUCUCCUUGAGAAGCUGAAUGACAGGUAUCCCAAGAAGCUGGUGGAGACCUACUCAGUUUUCCCAAACCAGGAUGAGAUGAGCGAUGUUGUAGUGCAGCCGUACAACUCUCUGCUGACACUCAAGAGGCUGACUCAGAACGCGGACUGCGUGGUGGUUCUAGACAACACGGCCUUGAAUCGGAUCGCGACGGACAGGCUGCACAUUCAAAACCCAUCAUUCUCCCAGAUCAACCAAUUGGUUUCAACCAUCAUGUCGGCCAGCACCACCACGCUCAGGUAUCCCGGCUACAUGAACAACGACCUCAUUGGGCUGAUUGCCUCGCUGAUCCCCACCCCCCGCCUGCACUUCCUCAUGACGGGCUAUACACCCCUCACCACAGACCAGUCGGUGGCCAGCGUGAGGAAAACCACAGUCCUGGACGUGAUGAGAAGGCUGCUGCAGCCUAAAAAUGUGAUGGUGUCCACAGGGCGAGACAGGCAGACCAACCACUGCUACAUCGCCAUCCUCAAUAUCAUCCAGGGGGAGGUGGACCCCACACAGGUUCACAAGAGUCUGCAGCGAAUCCGAGAGAGGAAGCUGGCAAACUUCAUUCCCUGGGGCCCUGCCAGCAUCCAGGUGGCUUUGUCCCGGAAGUCCCCCUACCUGCCAUCUGCACACCGUGUCAGCGGCCUCAUGAUGGCAAACCACACCAACAUCUCUUCGCUGUUUGAGCGGACGUGCCGGCAGUAUGACAAGCUACGCAAGCGGGAGGCCUUCCUGGAGCAGUUCCGCAAGGAAGACAUCUUCAAGGACAACUUUGAUGAACUGGACAACUCCCGGGAGAUCGUGCAGCAGCUAAUUGAUGAGUACCACGCAGCCACGCGACCCGACUAUAUUUCCUGGGGCACACAGGAGCAGUGAGUGCCCCGCCGUGGGACGGGAGGGUCUCACAGCUGCCUCCGCAUACAACGGCAGGGUUUCUCUCUGCUAUGCCCACGUUUAGCACCCCCCAGCGCUGCCCAGCUGUGGGCGGAGUAGUCAUACCUGCUGCACACACACACACUGCGUUCCUCAGCAGAAGUGGCUCUGCGAGUGGCAGCACUGCCCCUGGAGACCCUUGGCAGGGAGACAGCCUCCGCUCCACUACCUGCCCUGGCCCAGGACUGGACUGGGGCAGCUGCUCACUGUGCUGGUAGGGAUCCUCUUCCCAUGGGAGCAAGGGCUCACACAGAGGAGGAUGAGAGCAAAAUCUGGGGCCUGGGACAGGCCUGGUCUAAAGAGUUGGGCCUAGAAGACGCCUGCGGCCAAAGGCUCUGUGUGGCUGAGCUAGUCCUUGCCCUGGGCAGGAGCCUUGUUCCUCCUUUGCCAGGUCAGGCCUGGGGCACAGGCUCUAUCUAUAUUUUUGUAGGUUAUUUUGCUUUAAUAAAGGCUGUUCCUCCUCUGAC